AUGGACGACGCGUCGAUCGCGUGGACGCGCGCGACGACGGGCGAUGACGACGGGCGGCGCGCGAGGACGGGCGACGACGGACGACGGCCGUGGGAGACGGCGGACGACGGACGACGCCGCGCGCGCGUCGUGGACGCGCGCGCGAUCGCGCCGGCGCUCGUCGACGCGCACGGACGGGGGCAUAAUUAUUUGAGAAUCUCGCUCACGGAGCGAUGCAACUUGCGAUGCGCGUACUGCAUGCCGGCGGAGGGGGUGGAUUUGACCCCGGAUGGACGACUGUUGACGGCGAGCGAGGUGGAGCGGUUGGUACAUAUUUUUGCGAGGGCGGGAGUGGAUAAGGUGCGGCUCACGGGGGGGGAGCCGACGGUGCGGAGGGAUCUGGAGGAUAUCGUCCGACGCGUGUCCGCGGCGCCGGGGGUGCGGGACGUGAGCGUCACGACGAACGGCGUCGCGCUCGAGCGUAGAUUGGAAGGUCUUAAGGCGAACGGGUUGACGAGAUUGAAUCUCUCGCUCGAUACCUUGGUGCCGGCGAAGUUUGAAUUCAUGACGAGAAGGAAAGGGCAAGAACGCGUGAUGCGGAGCAUCGACCGCGCGGUGGAGCUCGGUUUCGACAGCGUCAAGGUGAACGUGGUCGUCAUGCGCGGACAAAACGACGAUGAGAUCUUGGAUUUCGUGGAGCUGACGAAGACCAAACCGAUCAAUGUCAGAUUCAUCGAGUACAUGCCGUUUGACGGGAAUAAGUGGAGCGAGAGGAAGAUGGUUUCGUACGCCGAGAUGCGCGCUCGAAUCGACGAAAAGUACAUCCUUCGCCGAGCCGACGACCCGCGCCAGGAGGUGGCGAAGAAUUUCUACGUCGAUGGACACGUCGGCACCGUCAGUUUCAUCACGAGCAUGACCAACCACUUCUGCUCCGGAUGUAACCGUCUUCGAAUCAUGGCGGAUGGAAAUCUCAAGGUGUGCCUCUUUGGAAACGCCGAGGUGAGCCUUCGCGACGCCAUGCGCGAGGGCGCGACGGACGACGAAAUCCUCAAAAUUAUCGGCGACGCCGUUCAGCGCAAGAAGGCCAAGCACGCCGGCAUGCACGAGCUCGCAGAUCUGGACAACCGCGCGAUGAUUAAGAUCGGCGGAUGA